ACACUAUACAACUUAAGGAGCCCUAGUUUUAUUUCUAAAUCAGCUUGCGCCGCCAUUAUCUUCUCGAUUCACCGGCACCGCUUCUGUCUUCUCUCUCUAUUUUUCUUUUUAAGUUUCUUCAUCUUCACUUUGCUUCUCUCUGCGUUGUCUUCUUCUUCUCUAAUUUUCUUUUAAACUUCUUUAUCUUCACUCUGCUUCUCUCUUGGUUGUCUUCUUCUUCUUCUACUUUCUAUUUUCCCUCAAACCAAGAUAAUUCAUAUACCAAUCUCAAAAGACAUAAAAUUGAAAAAAAAAAAAAAACUCAAAAAAUGAGGCUUUAUAAUUCGCCUUCUUCGGCAGCUUCGAAAGCAUCAUCGGACUCGGAUCAUCCAACAUGGGGAUAGCCUCAUCAGUUUCCUUAACGAUCUUCGAUCUCCCUUUUGCAGGUGUGGUUUUACUUCGACUGCCUAUGUUCUCUUUAUUGUCCGAAUCAGCAAUCACUCUGCUUCAUAUGUUAAUCUAAUGUUUCCGAUGACGACGGAGGAUGAUUCUUGAUAUACAACUAAUGGUAAAGCCAAAGCAGAGACAGCUCCAUGGUGCCCCUGAUGAGGGAGAUUGGAUGGUGGUGAAGAAGCAGAGAAUCACAAUUAUAAUCCCACCUUUACCUAAUAAGAAGCACUCAGCAAUGCCCUGUAUAGGAGAUGCUCAGCUGCAAGAAAAACCAACAGGCAUCACCAACUCCCACUUGCAAUGCUCCAGAUCAUCCACUGUUGAACCUCAAGCACCAAGUUUAUCCCAUCGUAGAGAGGGAAACGACAUUAAUCCAUGCAGCAGCAUCCCAAGAGCUAGGCAAGGAAUGAAGAUAUUUGGUGAUAGCACCUCAUUUCUAAAUCAAAGGAUGAGAGCAUCCUAUCUAGAGAAAAAGAUUAGGAAGGCGGGUGGGUUGGAGAAUUGGCUCAUCUCUCUCGGCCUUGCACGAUUCAUCAAGGUUUUCCAGAUGAGAAGGGUCGGCAAAUUUCAGCUGGCAAAUCUUACUAUGCAAAAGCUCAAAGACAUGGGCACAGAUGCCGUUGGCCCCAGGAGAAAGCUCAUGCAUGCCAUCGACUGCCUCUGUCAACCCCAUUGUUUCCACCACAUCUGAAUGUUUUACCGGGUUAAAUGUUUUACCUUUUUAGCUUUACCUCCAUGUAUAAAACUUUACUCCACCCCCAAGAUUACUAUGUAAAAAUCUUACUAUGAUUCUUUUAUCCUAUAAAUCAAUUUUAAGAUUCA